CAGAAGCACAAGUAAACUGCAUAUCAUAUAGUAGUGUAAAGUUGUAAACAGUAAAAAAAUUUCAGAUUUUAUUUGGAUUUCCUAUUAAAUCUGGAAGCGGAGCUUUCGGACAAACGGGUUACCUCUGAAUCAGAAAAGCCUGUCUGUUUGCAGAGAGCUGGAAAAACUCCACAUCAGCGGCAGGAUUUGUGAAGGCUCACUGUUUGUUCUUCAGGAGGCCAAAGGAUUUCCUGAUCGCGCGCGAUAUAAAAUGCCUGACUAUCUUGGUGAUGACAUGCGCUCUGUGCGCAAGGACGACGCGUCCAAGGAGGAAAAACCCAUAGAAUCCCUCACCGAGGCCGACAUAGCGUUGUUUAAAAAAUACGGAACUGGCUACUAUUACGAUGCCAUCAAGCAGACGGAGGAUGAUAUCACGAAACUGACGAAAUCUGUGAACGACCUGACGGGGAUCAAGGAGUCUGACACUGGUCUCGCUGCUCCUGCGCUCUGGGAUCUCGCUGCGGAUAAGCAGAUUCUGCAGACAGAACAGCCGCUGCAAGUGGCCCGAUGUACAAAGAUUAUUCAGCGAGAAAACGAUGAAAACCACUAUAUUAUAAAUGUGAAGCAGUUUGCCAAAUUUGUUGUGGAUCUGGGUGACCAGGUGGCACCCACUGAUAUCGAAGAAGGAAUGCGUGUUGGUGUUGAUCGCAAUAAAUAUCAGAUCCACAUUCCUCUUCCUCCCAAGAUCGAUCCCACAGUGACCAUGAUGCAGGUGGAAGAGAAGCCCGAUGUUACCUACGCUGACGUGGGUGGUUGUAAGGAACAAAUUGAGAAACUGCGAGAAGUCUUAGAAACACCACUUCUUCAUCCCGAGCGUUUCGUGAAUCUUGGCAUUGACCCACCCAAAGGAGUGCUGUUGUACGGCCCACCCGGAACGGGCAAGACCCUCUGUGCGCGGGCGGUCGCUAACCGAACCGACGCUUGUUUCAUUCGCGUGAUCGGUUCGGAAUUGGUACAAAAGUAUGUCGGUGAAGGAGCCAGAAUGGUCCGCGAACUCUUCGAAAUGGCCAGAACGAAGAAAGCAUGCUUGAUUUUCUUUGAUGAAGUCGAUGCUAUUGGUGGCACGCGUGGAAGUGACGGUGAUGGCACUGAUAACGAGGUUCAGCGCACAAUGCUGGAACUCAUCAAUCAAUUAGAUGGCUUCGAUCCGCGCGGUAACAUUAAAGUCCUGAUGGCCACCAACCGUCCCGACACCCUUGAUCCUGCUCUAGUCCGCCCAGGUCGAUUGGAUCGUAAAGUGGAGUUUGGCCUGCCUGACAUGGAAGGUCGCGCGCACAUUUUUAAGAUUCACGCACGAUCUAUGAGCGUCGAGAGGGAUAUCCGUUGGGAGCUGUUGGCCCGAUUGUGUCCCAACUCAACAGGGGCGGAUAUCCGCAGUGUGUGCACGGAAGCCGGGAUGUACGCUAUUCGAGCGCGGCGUAAACUGGCCACGGAGAAGGAUUUCUUGGAUGCUGUUAAUAAAGUCAUUAAGGCAUAUGCCAAGUUUAGUUCUACACCGAAAUAUAUGACUUAUAAUUAAAUUAAAUUUUGUGGCUUCUCGUGCUACCUUGCAGAAACAUUUUCUGAUUACAUUUUGUGUUAGAUUUGCUGACUUUCGUUUUCAUAAAACUCAUUAUUAUCG